AUUUGGUUUAUCUCGUUAACUACCUGGAUGUUAAUCUGAAGCUUGUUACUGGCUUACACAGUCCGUAUCAUAAACCCAACAAUAAUUCUAAAUAUAUCAACCUUCAUAGUGACCUUCUUAAAGCGAUCACAAGAACUUUGGUCAAUAACAUUUCGAGACGUGUUUCGAAUUUAACCUCUGAGAACGAAGACCCUGGAAGGUUCCCAGACGCUCCAGCUGGCCCGACGUUUGACAGCGACUCUUACAGCUUGGCCAAAAAGAAACACCGCCGUAGCCGCACCACCUUCACCACCUUUCAGCUUCACGAAUUGGAGAGAGCGUUCGAAAAAUCGCACUACCCGGAUGUAUACAGCCGAGAAGAUUUGGCAAUGAAGCUUAAUUUGCCGGAAGUUCGUGUGCAG